CUGGAAGCUGAAGCUGUGCCUGAAGUAUCUGAAAAAUAUGGAAUUAGUUCUGUUCCAACGUUCUUAUUCUUUAAGAAUUCUCAGAAAGUUGACAGACUAGAUGGUGCACAUGCCCCGGAGCUGACCAAAAAAGUGCAGCGCCAUGCAUCCAGCAGUUCCAUUUCUGCUGGCUCUAAUGACAGUGCAAAAGAAGAUCUUAAUGUGCGUCUCAAGAAACUCAUCAGUGCUGCCCCUUGCAUGCUGUUUAUGAAAGGGUCUCCAAAAGAACCUCGCUGUGGUUUCAGCAAACAAAUGGUGGAGAUAUUGAACAAACAUGGUAUUUCAUUUAGCAGUUUUGAUAUUUUUUCUGAUGAAGAAGUUCGUCAGGGGCUGAAAACUUACUCUAAUUGGCCAACUUACCCGCAGUUGUAUGUAGCUGGAGAGCUUAUAGGUGGACUUGAUAUUGUCAAGGAACUUGAGUCAUCCGGAGAACUGGACACAGUCUGUCCGAAGGCACAGAAGUUGGAGGACAGGCUUAAAAUCUUGACAAACAAAGCUCCUGUGAUGCUUUUUAUGAAGGGAAGCAAGCAG